AUGGAGACCAGAGGAAGGGCAGAGCUCACUACCUGCGGGUUCAAGAGCUGGACUGGCUGCAGUUUGGCAGAGAAUCAGAAGACAGACUACAUCACUGCAUACACAGGAGACUCAGUACUGCUGCCCUGCUCCUGUACUGACCCACACGCCAAACCUGAGAGUUUCACCUGGCAGAAAUACAACACAAGAAGACAAACAUGGGAUGUGAUCACCAGUGAGAGUGCACAGUACAGAAACAGAGUUCAGAUGGGUACUGCUCACUCUCCAGGAAAGCUCUCUCUACUCAUAUCACACCUGACUGAAGAGGAUGAGGGAGUCUACAUCUGUUAUCUUACAAACCAGCAAUAUAAAUACAUCAGACUCACCAUUAAAGGCUGCAGUUUGGCAGAGAAUCAGAAGACAGACUACAUCACUGCAUACGCAGGAGACUCAGUACUGCUACCCUGCUCCUGUACUGACCCACACGCCAAACCUGAGAGUUUCACCUGGCAGAAAUACAACACAAGAAGACAAACAUGGGAUGUGAUCACCAGUGAGAGUGCACAGUACAGAAACAGAGUUCAGAUGGGUACUGCUCACUCUCCAGGAAAUCUCUCUCUACUCAUGUCACACCUGACUGAAGAGGAUAAGGGAGCCUACAGCUGUUAUCUUACAAAGAAGAAAUAUAAAUACAUCAGACUCACCAUUAAAGGAUGAUGUGACUUUCUCCACUGUAGUACACAGUCAGAAAACCAAACCAGCGUCCACUCCAAUGGAUAAUGCAGAUUCUACAGAAGAUGCCAGCAUCAAAUUAACUUCAAAUUAAGCACACAUGCACACACACACACACACACACACACACACACACAAAUGCAAUCAAGCAAAUAGGACAAAAAACAAACACACAAAAACAUGUAUGGUAGCAAGUAAAUAGCAAGUAUUUUAUGUUUUAUCACCAUAAAUGCCUCAUUAGGGGUUAAUCUGCUGAAAGGUGAUUUGAAUACAAGGUGUGAAUUGUUAGCUUUUCUGCAUGUAAUUUAUUUAGUAGUAGUAAAAUUUUCAUGGUUCGGCCCCUUCCUCCCAGACAUCUCCUUGUUUGUGUGUGUGUGUGUGUGUAUACCACGCCCAACCUGUGUUUCACACCUGCUCCUCAUUUUGUGUCAUUACUGUGUGUGUAUAUAAGUCUCCUAUUUAGUAGUGGAUGUUGUCGGUGAUAGACUAAUACAAUGUGCUACGUUGUCUGUUGUCUGGUGUUAAUAAACGUAACUUUUGUCAGCUCGUUCGUGCGUCCUGCCUAGCCUCCAUCUUUACAUAAAUGUGCAUAUCAUUUUAUGUCAAGUGCUUUAUUGUUGACUGUAGCCAUUAAUUCACUGUGAGAAUGUAUUUCUGUUUUAAAAAUAAAGAGCA